UUCUUCUUCCUUCUUCUUCUUCCUUCUUCUUUCUUCUUCUCUUCUUCUUCUUCUUCUUUUUUUUGAAUAAAGGUGGGUGUGACUAUGUUACUCAUGCUGGCUUCAAAUUCCUGACCUGGGUUCAAGUGAUUUUCCCAUCUCAGCCUUCUGAGUAGCUGGGACUACAAGCAUGUUCCACCUUGCCUGGCUCUAUCUUAUGUCUAUACAUUCAUUUCAAUGGAUAAGAAUAAAAGUAAAAGUAGUGAAAGAGCCUAAAUGCAGCAGUUGAGUAAAUGAGUUGAUAAAUUUUAAUAAAUGAUUGCAUCUUUUUUCUUUUCUCCCUCUAUACAUAUAGCUUUGGAUUUUAACCCUUCUGCCAAUCCAGAGGCAACCACAAUAUUCCAGAGGAACUCUCAAACAGAUGUUGUAGAAAUAAGAAGAAGCAAUUGUACAAACCAUGUAUCUACUGUGCGUUUCAGUCAACAAUACAGCUCAUGUUCGACAAUACUCCUUGAUGACAGCACAGCCAGCCAGCCUUAUCUUACAAUGACAAUAAUAUCAGUGACCUUGGAGAUACAUCAUGAUAUCACGCAAAGACAUGCAGAUGGAUCUUUGAGCAUAUUUGAUGAACAGUUAUACUCAUUUACGGUUUCCACCAUGCACAUUACCCAGACAAGAUAUGGAGGUGGGAGUUUUAGUAACUAUUCCUCGUCCAUUCCAUCGACUCCCAGCACCAGCCAGGAGGACCUUCAGAUCAAUGUUCCUCCCACUGCCGACACACCCACGCCCGUUCGCAAGUGGUCCAAGCGCUGGUCCAAGCUGUUUACAUCUGAGAAAGGGAGUCACCCAGACAAAGAGAACAAAGCCUGGGAGAGCCAUGCUGACACCAUCGGGAGUGGCAGAGCCAUCCCCAUUAAACAGGGCAUGCUCUUAAAGCUAAGUGGGAAAUGGCUGAAGAAAUGGAAAAAGAAAUAUGUUACCCUCUGUGACAAUGGCGUGCUCACCUAUUAUUCAAGCUUAGGUGAUUAUAUGAAGAAUGUUCACAAAAAAGAGAUUGACCUGCGAACAUGUACCAUCGAAGUCCCAGGAAAGAGGCCACCCCUAGCCACAUUGGCCUGCGCGCCCAUUUCCAGCUCUAAAGGCAAUUGCGUAUCCAAGGACAUGAACAGUCUAUGUACCUCAGCCAAUUCAGACCCCAGGCUGAGUGACUCCAUAUGCUCCAGCCCCAAUAUCUCCAGCACCACCCGCCCCAAGCUCAACCCACCCCCCUCUUCUCAUGCCAACAAAAAGAAACACCAAAGGAAGAAAUGCACCAACAACUUAAAAGACAAUGGCCUGUCUGGCACUGCUGAAAAACAAGCAGAAAACUUUAUGAUUGUGUCCCUCACUGGCCAAACGUGGCACUUUGAAGCCACAUCAUAUGAGGAGCGGGAUGUCUGGGUCCAAGCCAUCGAGAGCCAGAUCGUGGCCAGCCUGCAGUCAUGCGAGAGCAGCAAAAGCAAGUUCCGAAUGAUAAUGUCUAUUAUUAUGAAUUGUUUUUCCUUCCACAGUGUGACCUUGGAGAUACAUCAUGAUAUCACGCAAAGAGAUGCAGAUAGAUAUUUGAGCCUAUUUGAUGAACAGUUAUACUCAUUUACGGUUUCCACCAUACACAUUACCCAGACGAGAAAUGGAGGUGGGAGUUUUAGUAACGAUUCCUCCUCCAUUCCAUCGACUCCCAGCACCAGCCAGGAGGACCUUCAGAUCAAUGUUCCUCCCACUGCCAACACACCCACGCCCGUUCGCAAGCAGUCCAAGCACUGGUCCAAGCUGUUCACAUCUGAGAAAGGGAGUCACCCAGACAAAAAGAAGAAAGCCCCGGAGAGUCAUGCUGACACCAUCGGGAGCGGCAGAGCCAUCCCCAUUAAACAGGGCAUCCUCUUAAAGCUAAGUGAGAAAUGGCUGAAGAAAUGGAAAAAGAAAUAUGUCACCCUCUGUGACAAUGGCGUGCUCACCUAUUAUUCAAGCUUAGGUGAUUACCUGAAGAACAUUCAUAAAAAAGAGAUUGACCUUUGGACAUCUACCAUCAAAGUCCCAGGAAAGAGGCUAUCCCUAGCCACAUUGGCCUGCGCGCCUAUCUCCAGCUCUAAAAGCAAUGGCCUAUUCAAGGACAUGAACAGUCUACCUAUCUCAGCCAAUUCAGACACCGGGCUGGGUGACUCAUGCUCCAGCUCCAAUAUCUCCAGCACCACCAGACCCAAGCUCAAUCCGCCCCACUCUCCUCAUGCCAACAAAAAGAAACACCGAAGGAAGAAAAGUACCAACAGCUUGAAAGACGAUGGCCUGUCCAGCACUUCUGAAGAAGAAGAAGAAAACUUUAUCAUUGUGUCCCUCACUGGCCAAAUGUGGCACUUUGAAGCCACAACGUAUGAGGAGUGGGAUGCCUGGGUCCAAGCCAUUGAGAGCCAGAUCGUGGCCAGCCUGUAGUCAUGCGAGAGCAGCAAAAGCAAGUUCCGGCUGAUGAGCCAGAGCAAGGCCAUGGCCCUGCAGUCCAUCCGAAACAUGUGUGGGAACUCCCACUGUGUGGACUGCGAGACCCAGAAUCCUAACUGGGCCAGUUUGAACUUGGGAGUCCUCAUGUGUAUUGAAUGCUCAGGGAUCCACCGUAAUCGCACCCACCUUUCCCGAGUCCGAUCUCUGGACCUGGGUGACUGGCCAGUCGAGCUCAUGCAGGUUUUGUCAUCUAUUGGCAAUGAGCUAGCCAACAGCAUCUGGGAAGAGAGCACGGGGCAGAUGAAACCCUCAGUAGAUUCCACAAGGGAAGAGAAGGAAUGGUGGAACCGUGCCAAAUAUGAACAGAAGCUCUUCCUGGCUCCAUUACCCUCCACGGAGCUGUCCCUGGGCCAGCACCUGCUGCAGGCCACCGCUGAUGAAAACCUGUGGCCAGCCCUCCUGCUGCUGGCACAUGGCUCCCGGGAGGAGGUGAACGAGACCUGUGGGGAGGGAGACAGCUGCACGGCGCUCCAUCUGGCCUGCCGCAAGGGGAAUGUGGUCCUGGCGCAGCUCCUGAUCUGGUACGGGGUGGAUGUCAUGGCUGGAGAUGCCCACGGGAACACAGCGCUGGCCUACGCCCGGCAGGCCUCCAGCCAGGAGUGCAUCAACCUACUGCUGCAGUACUGCUGCCCCGACGAGCGCGUGUAGUAUCUGUUUAAUUUUAUUGGACUGCAGUCUCUUUGGUGCAAAAACAAAAUGGGAAAAAUAAAUAAGAAUAACUCAGAAAUUCAAAAAGAAAUCACAAAUUCAGCUAAUAAUAGCAUUUUGAGUACAUUUUGUAAAAUAAGUAAAUACACAAAAUGUUGGUUUUUC